AAAGUUUGGUAAUAUUCUGCCCAGUAGUUUUCAUUUUAUGGCCAUUUCAAAGUGGAACUUUAAUUAUAAACACCCUGUAUUGUAAAUGCCAAUAACUAGUAAAAUUUUUAUUCACUCUGACUCAGCUGGAAAUAAACUCGUGACUCCCAUCUAUCAUCUGACCUCCUCGAAUUCUAUAUCCGAAAUUUAAUAGCAUCAAUGCCUCUUAUAUACAAGUCGGAAUGCCAAAUUUCGUUCCUCAAUCUUAAUCCUUUGAGGAUUUUUGAGUAUUACAUAUAAGUUUAAUUUUAUAUAAACUUUUAUAUAAAUACGAAAUGUUUAAACGUCAAAUAUAUCUUAGAAAACAAAACUAAUUACCGGAGGAUUUGUUUCUAGUUCAACACGAAUACUAUUUCAUGAGCUUGAUACAUCCACCAUAGACUUGAGGAUGUAUCAUGCUCGUUCCUGAGGUAGAACACCCAUGAAUAUUGUUGGAUUCUUCUGUUCCUCGGCUGUAAGAACGGCAGCUGAACCCUUAACUACUCGGCCAUCCGAACAAUUAAAUUAAGGCGUCAGACUGACCCUCUUGUUUGUAAAAGACUGUUCGUGCUCCCAAGGUAUAAACAGUUUAAAAACAAUUAGAAAAUUGAAUGUCUUAGAUUAAUUUUACUUUAUUCUCAAUAAGGAGAAUGGUUACCAUUUGAGUAAUUAAUAUUAAAUUGAAUUUUUAAUUGAUUUUGAUAAUAGUAACCACAGCUGUUCUUUGGACGAAAUAAUACCCGAAGAUUACAAGAACACAGAGGCACCUCGUGAGAAUGGCAAAGCGGUUAAUGUUUACAUCGCUGUCAAGGUUUGCGAUAUUUAUGACUUGGACGAGUCUACAAUGGAUUUCCACAUUCAUAUGUAUUUCAAAGAUUACUGGAAAGAUGACAGAUUAAAUUUAAAAUGUCUUCAGAAGGAUAACGGAAGACCCAGCAUCCUUCCCUUAGAAAUUCAAAAGAAAAUAUGGACUCCCGACAUUUUUUUCGAAAAUUGUAUUUCUGGAAAGCUCUUUAAAAUUACUCUACCCAAUAUAGCAAUGAAGAUUUUACCUGAUGGAUAUAUUUAUCGUUAUGCCAGAUACGAUUUGCGUAUAAGUUGUCCCAUGGAUCUCCAUCGGUAUCCACUGGAUCUGCAAGUCUGUAGCAUCAGGAUCUCUUUAUUCUCCUUUCCUGAUGAUAUGGUGACUCUUCAUUGGAUGGAAGAUGCAGGAGGACCCAGUUCUUUUGUGAAAAGUAAAAAAUCCAUCGUUUACGAUACGGAGAUCAUAUUGCCCCAAUUCAAAAUAACCAAAACUACUACAGAAAAGGAAGUCAGUUCAUGGAAUACAGGUAACUAUACCACUUUGAAAGCGAUAUUCUUUUUCGAUCGCAUGAUAACCGCUCACUUGAUCAACACCUACAUUCCGAGUACAUUGAUAGUGGCACUAUCUUGGCUCUCAUUCUGGUUGGACGUAGGAGCAGUACCCGCAAGAGUCACCCUAGGAGUGACUUCGCUCUUAACACUAGCAACCCAAAUAGUACAGAGCAGGAAGAACUUACCUCCAGUUUCAUACGUCAAUGCAAUGGACGUCUGGCUCUUCGUCUGCUUAAAUAUGGUUUUCGCCACUUUAAUGGAGUAUGCAAUCUCGUAUUACAUGACCAACUAUGCGGCGAAUAAAUUCGAAAACUGGUUUCGUUCUUGGAAGCAGAAAUUAAUGAAUGUACGUAUUAUGGACGUGAAGGAAAAGUCUCGACAAGGUUGGGUUGGAACAGAGAAGACAAAUAAAAAGAAAGUCACGAAUUCAAACAAAGAAACUGCCAAAGUUUCUGUAAAACAGGUUCAAGUUUUGGACGGAAUAUGUAGGAAGCUAUUUCCGAUUACAUUUUUUAUCUUUGGUAUUAUUUACUGGAUAUAUUUUGGCCUUAUCUGUGAAGAUAACAAUUAAAAAUACAGUCAAAUUCAUGAUGAAUUGGAGAAUAACACUUGAAUGAAAGAAAUGAAGAACGAAUGCGAUUUAGGAGAUUGAAUUACACGAAAUUUGAAGCACUAGGAAACAUGAUUUUUGUCUCUAUUAAUUUAAUUACAGUUUCUAAUGUAUUUUGGAAUGCUAAUGCAAAAAUAAUCCACAAAAUUCUCCGUCAUACAAGAAUUUUUUAUAUUUUUAAAUUUUAAGAAAAAAUGUAAAUUACGGGAACAUAUAUUUAAAAAUAAAGAUUCUUUUGCCCACAAAAAUUAAGAAAAAUUUUAUAUUAUUUGAAAAAUAGAGCAGUUAUUGAUGGAUAAUUUGUGCCAAUUUUUUAAGGUUAUCGCAUGCUUAGGUGUGUUUACAAAAAAUUACUGCGAUUUGUGUCUGUGGAACAAUCAGGAAACAAACAUUUUGUUAAAGAUGAGAGAGAAGAAUAUAUACCUGGAGAAAGAAAUAUGUGCCGCUGAUAGACCCAAAAAAAGAUUUUUCUUUCUCCUCUUCACAUUAAACUUGCGUUAAUGAAAAACUUCGCGAAAGCCUUGGGAAAAGAUGGAAGUGUGUUUAUUUAUCUUCAAGGAGUUUUCCCAAAUGUGAUAACAACAAAAUUGAUGGAAGGAAUGUCAGUAGAACCCGAAAUAAGAAAGCUUCUUUGAAACAAAUUCUUUCAGUCAAAGCUCCAACCCGUCGAAUUAGACACUUGGCGUUUAUUCAAGUCAGCGAUGAGUGGAUUUUUUAAAAAUAGAAGAGAACUAUGAAUUUCUAUGUUUGAAAAUGAGAU